ACGGUGCUGAAGGAGGGAGAGCUGCGUCUGGACGCCACUCAACUCCUGACAAGCAGGAGACGCGUGACGAGAUUGUAGCAGGAUACACGGAGGGGUUUUCUUUUUUUUUUUUUCUUUCCUUAAAAAAAAAAUUAACUAAGUUAUCCUGAGAUGCAUCUGGCCAACAAGCUGCAAAUAUCCUCCCAAGUCUCCAUCAAGUGGGAACCCUUUUUCAUGCGCGCUUAUCCGUGUCGUCAGAUUUGUAAAUUAGCCACGGAGAUGCGCGUUUUUUUCCUUGGACUUCUCCUGUCAUUAGAGGGCUAAACGCGCAUUUAUGCCAACAUUCAAUCAGUCCAGGAUACAUAUGUAAAAGCGCGCACAGCCGGGAUGGAUUCGCUCAACGCCAGCGGAAUUGACACGUUCACGGUGGUCCAUUUGAAUUCAUCCUGGAGUCUGGACAGUGGAUAUUCUUUAGCAGCGAUCGCUGGCAUUGCGGCUCUUGUAAGUUUUCUCAUUCUUUUUACCGUUGUUGGAAAUAUUCUAGUCGUUAUCGCGGUGUUGACGAGCAGGGCGCUGAAAGCUCCCCAAAACCUUUUUCUGGUGUCUCUGGCCACCGCGGACAUCCUGGUCGCCACUUUGGUGAUGCCAUUUUCUCUAGCCAACGAACUUAUGGGCUACUGGUAUUUUGGAAAAGUUUGGUGCGGUAUUUAUCUGGCCCUGGAUGUUUUGUUCUGUACUUCGUCUAUAGUGCACCUGUGCGCAAUAAGCCUGGACCGCUACUGGUCCGUUACGCAGGCUGUAGAGUACAACCUGAAGCGGACUCCCAAACGCGUCAAGUGCAUCAUUGUGAUCGUGUGGCUUAUAUCUGCGUUCAUCUCAUCCCCCCCGCUCAUAUCUAUCGAGAGCAGCAACGAUGUCAGCUCUCAGCCUCAGUGCGAGCUGAACGAUGACACUUGGUACAUCCUCUCCUCCAGCAUCGCGUCCUUCUUCGCUCCCUGUUUAAUCAUGAUCCUGGUGUACAUCAGAAUAUACCAGGUGGCCAAAACCAGAACUAGAAGCAUGUCGGGAAAAAAUCCCAGGCCAGAUGGUGUUACACAAACUGAAAAUGGACUGAGCAAAGCCACCUCCCCUUUGCACGUGGAGCGAGAGAACGGUCACUGUCAGUGCCCGCCCACGCCCAGCCAACGCACCAUCACCAUCGGUCAGCAGACUGAGGAUGCCGACCUGGAGGAGAGCUCUUCCUCAGAGGGAAAAGGUCACAGACCCCAGCGGCAGGACUCCCAGAGAGCCAAGAGGGCCGGCCACAAGAAAAGCUCCCUCUCCACUCGCAUCUCCAGGGUCAGUAACAAGUCCAUGGACCUGUUUGCCUCCAGGAGGAAACGUCGCAGGAGCUCUUUAGCCAGAAAAAAGGCCUCUCAAGCCAGGGAGAAGAGGUUUACGUUCGUCUUAGCUGUGGUCAUGGGGGUGUUCGUUGUGUGCUGGUUCCCUUUUUUCUUCAGCUACAGCCUGUACGGCGUGUGCAGGGACUCCUGUAAGAUUCCCGACCCCCUCUUCAAAUUCUUCUUCUGGAUUGGCUACUGUAACAGCUCCCUCAACCCCGCCAUUUACACCAUCUUCAACCGGGACUUCAGACACGCCUUCCAAAAGAUCCUCUGCAAGUCGUGGAAAAAGUCCUUUUAGAUGCGAAGCAGAGGUGCUGCUGCUGCUGCUGCUGUGCCACCCUGACAAUCUCACAGGAAAUACCAUAGUGAAUUUAAAAAAAAAAGAAAAGACCUUAUGUGUUUGUUACUGCCACUCUUUAUGUCCCAUUGUCCUGUUGUAUUUCAGUCAUGGCAGUGGGAGGUCUGAACCAUCUACUGGGAGUUGGAUCAAUGAGCCCCACCAUUGUUUCCUCCUACUGAAGUGUUCCGUAAUGCUUUAAUGGUCCAUCAUCGUUGAUAAAUCCAUCCAUAAAUUCACUAAAGAUACACAAAUGGCUCAUUUGUCUGCCAGAGGGCACUGGAGAAGAACACAAGUUGAUGUCCAGGUCAGUUUGGUCCCAUUCUGGACAAUGUGUCUAUUUCUCCCCCCCACAAGGACACUACUCGCUUUUUUUUUAUUAAUUUUAUUCAGUCUGACACAUCCAUUACAGGGAAACACGGGCAGAACUGAAACAAAGCAGGUUUUAAAACUGAAUGGUAGAAUUUGUAGAUAAUGUGACGACAGAAUUUUUAGAGUCAGACCAGUUGUUUCCCAAUUUCCAGUUUUCAUGCUAAGCUAAGCUAAGCUAAGCUAAACUAAGCUACUCCUGGCUCAAGUUACAUACUGUACAGUAGUUACUGUACAGACAUCAAAGUGGUAUUGCUGCUCAUCUUAAUUGGCAAGAAAGAAAAUGAACGUAUUUCUCGAACAACUGAAUUAAGAUUAUUUAAUUAUGCGUAUUUGUUAUUAAGAGUAUGUGAAGGACCAGACUUGAGGCCCGUGUUGUGCCUUAAUUUGGCAUCUUCAGAAAAUAGUUCAUAUUCAGAGAGACUGAAGCUCUUGUGGAAUCAGUUAUCUUGGUUAAUAAUCCUGCAAACACGACCAUGUUCCUAAACCUUUUUGGUUUGUUUACCUGGAAAUGCUCUGUCACAUGUUUAAACUGUUGAGCAUGAGUCAUAAGUGCUUUGGACAAAAUAAACUCACUUUCUCAGAUUCAUCUGUUUAAAUACAUUUUUGGGGUUUGGAAGGCUGCGAGAUAUCCACUAGUUUGCAGGAAUAAAAGAAAACGUGAGCCACGAGCCUUCAGAGUUAUCUCCCGACCUCUUUGAGAGACACGAACCCCGUGUUUGAAACCACCGGUUUGGAUUUUUAACCAUCUUUUCUCCGUGUGCUUUGCUGUAAUACUGCUGGCCGUGUCGGCUUGUACAUGCUUGAGCACCUCUGCUUCGGGUGUCAUCAUGGCACGGCCCAAAAGCAGAGCAAGUCCCAUCGGAGUUACACUAACGCUGCAGAUUACAAGAUUCAAUUCAUGAUUAAAUGUCUUCAUUUUGGCAAUUAUUCUUUCAGAAUCUACCUCUCUGUCUUUUUUUUUGUUGCCGAUUUUGGGUGCGUACUUCGCGAAGUGCAGUACGCAUCUUCUCCUGUGCUUGAAAAUAAAAGCUGGAAGAAGCACCUGGUGUUGUGGUGUUGCCACGUGGGAGCCCGAAGGAUCGGUCAUGAGCCUCCUCGCCCAGCGGUUCAGUGCACAUUUUAAAUGCUGUGUCAUUCUUUCAACAAAACAUGUUGACAGACCCGGAGCGGUGCUGCCAUCUCUCCGUCUGUGGACGUAUCGGUUUCCAUCAAAUUAAAAUUCCCCUCAGUUAAUCCAGCUCAGCAGUUUACUUUUCAGCUGAGAUGAGAAAGUCCCCCAAUAUGCAAAGCAGCGAGAUCCGACAUUUUGGUCGGCCGUGUUAUAGUAAACAGUGUUUUAAUUCGAUGGGGAAACUGCGCAAUCAAGAGCAGACGCCAAAGCAGCACAUUUUAGAUCCACUCAACAAGACGCUCUCAGCAGUUUGAGUUUAAAAUGGUUCAGUCCCUCUAAUGGGAUGGGGGCCAUGAUCGUUUGAGGGUUGCUGGUGACCUUUCGGCACAACAGGUUUGAUGUUGGUUCUGGCAGCGUCAUAAUCUAAUGUCCCCCGAAGCCCCUGUGGGCGAGACUGAGGUGAAACUGAAUUCUCCACACCGAACUCUUGUUUCCCUCCUACUUUUCUGCUGUGGCUGAGCUGUGCGCAGCCAAAAGCCAUUUGUGACGGGUUAUGAGCCCAUCUGCUGUUCGCAGACGCCAAAGAUUUAUGUCUGGGAAAAAAAUAAAUAAAUAAAAGACCAAGUGUUAUUGUUUGAAUAUAGAGAAUUAGCAGGGAGGUUUGAAGGAGUUGAUGAAGACACCAGGCAGAUUUAUCUCCAUCACCGCUGUGUACACGUUGUUUCCUAAGUUAUAAAGAAAGUUGUCCCUUCCUGCAUAAAUACGACCAUUGAAGCAGCACAGACACUAUUCAGCUAAAUCUCAGCACCAGACAAGCACUGGUUUUAUUACUUCAUGUUCAUAUUUGUAAAAAUGUCUUAAAUGCUUUCUUUAUAAGGUCAAAGAAGGAGAAAUCAGAUAAAUCAGAUUGAUGGCGCUGUCCUCUCCUCUCGUUCUUUUCACGAUUUAUGGGUUUGGUAAGGACAGCGUCUUCUUGGGAGAAAAUGUAUCUGACUGCACAUUAACCUCUGCGGUUUUCAAGAAUCACAAACGAAGGGGCGGCUUGUGACCAGCAUUGGCAAAUUUGAACAGAUUUUAAAUCAAGGCCGCCAGAGGAACAUUUAUACCGAGCGAAUCUACUCGGAGCGAAAGUGUUUGAAUUUCUUGGCUUUUGUCAUUUCUGAAAGUAAUUAACAGAAUAAAGUAAUUCAAUCGA